UUCCCACCACUACUUCAAACCACAGGUUUUAGAACUUCCACACCAAAAUUUCCAAACGAAAAACCCUAGCCGCCCGGCCCUAGUGAUCUGCUUUCAACGUCCCUCGAACCAUGACAGAAGGGCUUUACGCUAACUCCCCGUCCGGAUUUCAUCUUCGAAGAGACUUGGAGUUCGCCGCCCUCAAACGUGAACAAAAAAGUCGGGCGGCGCGGAGUAGUAAAUGCCCGGUGUGUGUUCUUGCCGCAAUAGUCAUCCUGAGCAUCAUCCUCUUGAUUUUUGCGUUGACCGUUUUGCGUAUCAGAAGUCUGGAUGUGAAACUCACGUCGGUCACGUUCAAGAACCUGAGGUAUGGCGUUCAGAAAUCUCCCUCGUUUAACGCAACUAUGGUUCUUGAGAUGACUAUUAAGAACAUGAAUUUCGGGCAGUUCGAGUUUGAGAAUGGUCUUGCCUAUGUGAAACAUAGAGGCGUGACUGUUGGUAAGAAGAAUAUAGGGCAUGGAUUCGUCGAUGCCAGAGAAACUAUGAAAUUGAAUCUGACGGUGGAUGUGAGGUCACACAACAAGCCAUCCGAUACUGAUCUCAGCAGUGAUAUUGGUUCAGGGAUGUUAGAGCUCAGCAGCUAUGCCAAGUUUCGUGGUACACUUCGCUCAGUGAAGAUUAUAGAGAAGAUAAAGUCUGCAGAACUGAAUUGCACCAUGACUCUUAAUUUGGCAAGCGGCACGAGCAAGGAUUUAAGAUGCAAAUAAUGCGAUGAUUGAGA